UGCUUCUCUUUGGAAAUGCAUACCUACAUACACCAGGCGACAAAUGAAAGAAAACCGGGCUAUGAGGAUAAAAUUCAAUACACAAUCGCUGAAAAGAAAGACAAAAAGGGCACAAAGGCACAUGUCAAUUCUGUAUUCUUCAAACAAUUACGACAGUUGUUGCCAAUACUGGUACCUCGCUUUUGGAGUGUGGAAACUGGUCUAUUAUUUUUGGUGGCCGCCUCGCUAAUUGGACGUUCCGUAAGUGAUAUUUGGAUGAUCCAGAAUGCAACAGUAGUGGAAAGCACUAUCAUACAUAUGAACAAAGCUAAAUUUAGAUCGGCAUUGCUAAAAUAUCUCGCCGCUUUGCCAAUGAUAUCUGUGGUCACGAACAUCCUAAAGUGGAGCUUGGGUGAAUUGAAAUUGAGAUUCCGAACAAAUUUGACACAUCAUCUGUACAAUCAGUACUUAUGCGGUUACACAUACUACAAAAUGUCAAAUUUGGAUAAUAGAAUAGCGAACGCCGAUCAACUUCUUACCACUGAUAUCGAUAAGUUCUGCGAAAGUGCCACAGACCUGUACUCGAAUAUCAGUAAGCCCGUGUUGGAUAUUUUCAUUUACGUCUAUCGUUUGACGGUCAAUCUGGGUGGCAAGACACCUUCAAUACUUAUGCUGUAUUUGCUGUUCGCUGGCAUCGUUCUAACACGGUUGCGACGCCCAACCGGACGCCUUACAGUUGAGGAGCAAAAAUUGGAAGGUGAAUUCCGCUACGUGAAUAGUCGUCUCAUAACGAACUCCGAAGAGGUAGCCUUCUAUCAGGGCAAUACACGCGAGAAGCUAACGCUGCUGGCCAGCUAUUCGAAAUUGCGUGCACAUCUGCGUAAAUUCCUGGAAUUCCGCGUUAGCAUGGGCAUUGUUGAUAAUAUUGUGGGAAAAUAUUUUGCGUCAAUUGUCGGAUUUUACGCUGUUUCAAUUCCUUUCUUUGCGGAAAACCAUCCCUUACUGUCGGGCGAAAAAAGCGGACAGCGAUUGCAGGCUUACUACACUUACGGCCGCAUGCUGGUAAAGUUAGCUGAGGCUAUUGGCCGUUUGGUUUUAGCUGGACGUGAAAUGUCUCGCUUAGCUGGUUUUACGGCGCGCAUGACCGAACUAAUCAAAGUUUUGAGUGAUCUAAAUAAAGGACGUUAUGAACGCACAAUGGUGAAUAACAUCGUAAAUGGUGAUAAUGGUUUUGGGCCAAAUAAAGGUGUUAUGACCUUCGUUGAUAAUAUCAUCAGAUUCGAAAAGGUGCCACUUGUUACACCCAACGGCGAUCUGUUGGUCAAGGAGCUAACCUUCGAAGUUAAAUCUGGCAUGAAUGUGCUGGUUUGCGGCCCAAAUGGCUGUGGUAAGUCGAGUUUAUUCCGCAUACUCGGUGAGCUGUGGCCAACAUGGGGUGGCAAAUUGACGAAGCCGCCGCGAGGAAAGCUCUUCUACAUCCCCCAGCGUCCAUACAUGACACUGGGCUCGUUGCGUGAUCAGGUAAUCUAUCCACACACACGCGAUGAUAUGAUACGCAGCGGCAAGAGCGACGAAGACCUAAUGAAAUAUUUAGACAUCGUACAGCUCACCUAUUUGGAGCAGCGUGAGAAUGGUUUGAACGCCAUUGAGGAUUGGAUUGAUGUCUUAUCUGGUGGCGAGAAGCAACGAAUUGCUAUGGCGCGUCUCUUCUACCACAGUCCACAAUUUGCCAUUCUCGAUGAAUGCACGAGCGCGGUUUCAGUCGAUGUAGAGGGUCAAAUGUACAGUUAUUGCCGCGAGGCGGGCAUUACGUUAUUCACAGUGUCACAUCGCAAAUCGCUGUGGACGCAUCACGACUACUAUUUGCAGUUCGAUGGACGUGGUAGCUACGAAUUCGGUCCAAUUGAUCAAGCGAAAGAGCAGUUUGGCUCGUAAAAAUUUAAAAUAAAGCAAGGACAAAUAUAAACGACAUUAAUUUAUGUAGAUAAAAUACAUAGUAACAAUAAAGUCAAUCAGUAAAAAUGGUAGCAUCGCCAGCGUCACCUAUGUACACCUACAUACAUAAACUGUUCAUGUGGGAACAAAUAGUAUUGCCGAAAUGAUUCCAUUUGUACGAUAAUUUUUGUUUGUAUUGUAUUAUUUGAGGGCUGUAAGCGCAUACUUAAGCACUUUUUGUGGUUGUAUGUGCUUGAAUCGUUGCGGAAAUCGAAAGAACAUGUUGUUAUAAAGUUUUAAAUACAUUUUAUUGUUAGGUGUCUAGGUGCGAAAAUGAAAACUUGUUUAGUAUAUUAAAUGGUGAUCUUUUAUAGCUUAAACUAUUACUUUAUUUUACUUUAAUUGCUUUAUUAUAACAUUUCGUUUUUGCUUAAAUAAUAUUUGAUUGCCUAAGUUGUGUGUAUGUAUUUGUAAAUCGGUGCUGGAGGCAAAACUGCAGAUGCGGGAAUAAUGUACUGCAACAUAUUUUAUUGUGUUUGUUUAUUUUUUAGUUAACUAUUAUUUAAUUCAGUUCUUAAGCUUAUUUUCAAAGGGUAGUCAUGUUAACUCGUAAACCUCUCGCAUAUUUUCACAUUUGAUAUCAUUCGAUCUUUUUCUCUAGACAAAAGAAUUUUGAAUUAAAUACAUAUUUAAAUUUCUUAUAUAGAAUUUGAUAACCGCCUUUUGGAUCUGCGCAGAGUAUAUUAGUUUUUAUGCAUACCCUAACAGAGUAAAUACAUGUGUAUUUAAAUUUGCUUUUGAAAACCGCUAUCAAAUUUUAAUCCAUAAAUUAUGCAACAACAGAGAA